UACAAUGAUGUUGUGCAUGACACAUAUGUCAACGCCAGAAAUUCGCUAACAACACUACAAUACCAUUGUUAUUCUUAUUUUCGUAAAAAUAAUUUAAAAUUGAUGUUUAUUCAGUAAGUGAGCGAAGGUGAUUAGCUGAAAAAACAUGGAAGACCAAGUGUGUCCAAAAUGUAAGACAACAAAAUAUCGAAAUCCAUCAUUAAAAUUGAUGGUCAACGUUUGUGGCCAUACAUUAUGUGAGAGCUGUGUCGAUCUACUCUUUGUAAAAGGUUCUGGAUCGUGCCCGGAAUGCAAUGUGCCAUUACGUCGAAAUAAUUUCCGUGUUCAGAUGUUCGAAGAUCCCAUGGUUGAAAAGGAAGUGGACAUUCGAAAGCGUAUUCUUAGAGAUUACAACAAAAAGGAAGAGGACUUUGCAACGACACGUGAAUACGAUGAUUAUUUGGAAGAAAUUGAACAAAUUAUUUACAAUUUGUGCAACAACAUCGACAUUAUUAACACAAACAAACGAAUCGAACAGUAUAAACGAGAGAAUCGUGAAAUGAUAAAUAAAAAUAAGUCACGAAUGGGGCGUGAAGAGCUUGAAUUAGAAAUCGAAUUGGAACGAGAAAAGACAGAAGAAUUACAACGUCAAAAGGAACGCGAAACAAUCGAAAAUGAAGCUAAAAAGAAAAAACUGAAGGAAAAAGAGGCUCUGAUCGAUGAAUUAAUGUUUAGUCACGAAGAUGCUAAAAGCAUUGUCAAAGGAUAUGCGGAAAAUGUAGAAAAAUUACGUGAAGAAGAGAAAGAAAUAUUGGCUGUGGUUAAAAAACAAUCGGAAUUUUCAACGGGCGUUAAGUUUGGACAGCAAACACAAUUCUUACCGGUACCAAAAAUCGAAGAAGGACCAUUGUAUACAUAUGAAGAACCAGUGGUAAUUGUUGACGGUCCACUUGCACCAAGUAUAGCCGAAAUCGAACACAGAGGAUACACACGUCAUGUUAGAACCGAAACGGCCGGGGAACGUGCAGGCGGCUAUAAAUGCGGACUGGCUUGUCAGCGUGCACUUCAAGAAGCUUUGCAAAGUCUCUUCCAUGUAAAAACACCAGAACAAACACCGUUUGCAACGAAUUAAGAAAAUGACUUGUAUCUUUUCUGUUAUUAAUAAGAAAUAAUAUAGUUUUUUUUUAUUGAAUAUA